AAUCUGGGUUUUUCUACAAGUCAACUGCGCAUCCCUGCGCGCAAAAAAGCACGCCCUAUUAAAUAAAUACUUCUCCAAGUCCAAACAACCAACAUUAAAUCCACUGGCAGGAAGACACGGGGUCAUACUAAUUAAAGUGGCGAAAGUGUUGAACAAAAUGGAUGCUUCCAAGUUUAUCCUAAUUGGUUUGGUGCUAACCAUCUGUGCUUUCAUAUUUCAACUUAUUGGUUUAGCGUCCCCGUAUUGGAUAUUUGCCGAGUCUGACGGAGACAAAGCAUACAGUGGCUUAUGGAAAUUCUGCGGUUAUUCCAAAUUUUUCGAUACAAGUCAAUGCGUUGAUUGGCCGCUGAUACCAGAUUGGUUAAAAGCUGUAAGAGCAACGAGUAUACUAGGAUUAUUAUUAGUUUUAGUUGCUCUUGUAAUGUUAAUUCUUAGAAUGUCUGUCAUGAAAGAUAAGAAGCCUGCCUUGCUUGCGGCAAUAGGAACUACUUUUGUUGGAGCACUUUUCACAUUGGUUUCAAUUGCUGUUUACGCUUCUAAAAUGAAGGAGUUUGUCCAGGGACCCUUAGGUGAUUACCAUUUUGCCUUUGCCUUCAGUAUAAUAGCAAUGUUAGCAGCGCUUGGUGCGGGAGCAAUUAUGAUGAUCGAAGUAGUAAAAUCUUAAAACUGUGUAAUCGACAUGAUUAAAAAGUAGUGUAUUUUG